ACGAAAAGGAUUACAAAUCCUUAACGGAAUUGGAAAUCAAGUUUCACUUCAAUCUCUAUGUAUAUAAAUAUUUGGGUACGAUGAACUUUUAAGUAAUUCUUCAGCAAUGGCGAUCAAAGGAAGUCCCUCUUCUGCUUCUGCUUCUGCUUCUACUGCCAUGUUGGAAUUUCUUGGGAAUUCUUUCAAUGAUAAACGAGACUGGUCUCAGCUUCAACCUGAACUUCUGGAACUCAUUCUUUCAAAGCUAUCUUUCGUACAAAUCAUUCAUUUCAAGGCAGUUUGUUCUUCUUGGCGUUCCAUUGCAGAAUCCUAUGUCUCUUCUUCGUGUUAUGCUCCGUUCCCUCAAACGCCAUGGCUCCUGCUCCCUCCCAACCAAGAAUGUGAUACUGAUACUCGUUGCUUCUUUAGUCUCGAGGACGAGAAGGUGUAUCAGAUCAAGAAUAUGGGAAACCAGUUUGGUAAUGAUGCUUGGUGUGUCGGGUCGUCUCAUGGGUGGCUGUUACUUUUGGAUGAUAAAGCAAAGCCUUUCCUCCUUAAUCCCUUUUCUCAAGUUCGAAUUCAAAUGCCUACGAUCGAGAACUUCAUCAACGAACUUUUCGGGUCCAAAUUCAUACGGGAGCUGCGGAAGUUUUUUCAUACGAAAGCUGUCUUGUUGUCAGAUCCAUCCCGUGACAAAAACUAUGGAGUUGUAGUAAUUUUUGGUUAUUAUUCAAGGCUUGCUUUCUGGGCAAAAGGAGAUUCAGCUUGGACUGUCCUUGAUGGUGCAUCUGAGGGUUACAGCGAUAUCAUAUGCUGUAACGAUCUUCUUUAUGCAUUAACCUUGGAUAAUUCCAUUGAAGUCUGGGAUUUUCAUACCUCUUUGCCAAUAAAGAGAAGGGAAAUCCCAAGAAAAAUGGUGGAAGCCACAGAAUUUUAUUUCAAAGGUUCACAUUCUAAGCAGAGUUACUUGGUGGAAUCAUCCGGCGAGCUUUUGCUGGUGAUGAGGUAUUUGGGAAAUUCUGUUGAUCAAGAAAGCCAACCUUUUUAUGAGCCAGAUCUUCUGAAUGAUGUAGACCCUCCGCCUUUGUUAUGCCCGUAUCAAACGCUGAUGUUUCAUGUUCACAAGCUGGAUUCCAAUGAACAGAAAUGGGUGGAAGUAGACAAUUUGAAGAAUGAGGCACUGUUUCUUGGAGGCAACCAUUCAAUGUCGCUGUCAGCUCAAGAAUUUUCAGGAUUUGAAAAGAACUGUAUUUACUUUACAGACGAUUAUUGGGAGCUGAUGAAUGAGGGUGACUUGUAUGGAGGCCAUGAUCUUGGCAAGUUCAGCCUGGAAGAUAAGACUGUGAAGCCAUUUUAUGAUUGUGAUUUGGCGAGGAUUGAUCCACCACCGUUUUGGAUAGUUCCAAAUCCAUGGUGAGAAACACAUAUGUGAUGUAGAAGAGCAUGAAGAGCACGGUUUGUGACAAGAUCUCAGACAAACCUGUAGGAGAAACUCCAAACAAGAGCAUGAAGAUGACGCAUGAUCAGU